GCAGCUUCCCCGAAAAAUCAUCUCAUUGAUGUCAUCUCACAACAACUGUAAUCAGUAACUACUAGCGAACAAUUAAAUACUAACUAAUAACUAACUAAUAACUAAUAACUAAUAAUUAAUACUUUAUAAUAAUAUAUCCUUAGUCAUGGCAAAGUCAAACGAUAAGGAGUGUAAUGUGGAUCCAUUGGAUUCAAAUAAUGGUGAUGAAGAUGGCAUAUACGAUGAUAGUCCUCCACCACCAUUAGAUUAUUCUAUACCUGAACGUAUGACAGGAGCAGAACAUGCAGCAGCUACAAUUAAUAAAGGACAUAUAAAACAUAAAGAUCCACAAGAUCAACAAGUACCCGAAUCUAAACAAGGCCAAGACAAUAACAAAGACCAAGACCAAAACAAAGACCAAAUGGCCAAUGAUACUAAUAGUAAUUCAAGAACAUCUCGCGAUAAAUGGUUAGCAAGAGGUAAGAUUGCCUUACAAUUUUUAUUUAAUUAUAUUAAAAUCUUUUGUAUAUUUACGGGGAUUUUAUCAAUAUAUUGGGCAACAUUUUAUAGAAGACAAGAUAGAUAUAUUCAUUUUAAUAUGUUACUUAUAACUCAAGAUGAAGAAUUUACAAAUAUUAAUGGUACAAUAAUUCCACCAUAUUUAUCAAAUGCAUUUAUAGAUAUGAUAACUCAAGAUCCUCAAGUUACAGAAUUAGGAACUUGGGAUAUUAUACCUAUUUCAAAUUUUACAAUUCAAGCUCAAAAUCAUAAUAAUACUGUAGAAGAAGAAGUUAUUCGAGUUAUUCAUCAUCAAAAAUAUUGGGCAGGAGUUUAUAUAAGUCCCAAUUCAACAGAAUUAAUUUAUAAUAUGAUGAUAAGUGCCAAUUAUUCACAAGUUUUAAAAGUUCCUUAUUUAAUUAAUGUUAUUUAUGAAUCAGGAAGACAUUAUUCUGCACUUAGUCAAUAUGUUACAAGAAAUUUAGCAUUAAUUGAAGAUAGUUGGAUUGUUAAUCAUACUUCACCAAAAGUUUAUGAACCAUUAAUUAAUCAAUAUUUAUCAAUAAAUCAAAAGGAAAAUUUAUUAACUAAUAAUAAUACUUUAUCAAUAUUAGCUAUGAAACCAAAUUUUAAUUUAAUGGAUCAAAGACCUGCCCCAUCAGCAGCAGUCUUAGGACCAUCAGAAUUAGGAUUAAUUUAUGCUCAAGUCUUUUCAUUUCAUCAAUUUAAUUUCUCAUUAGAAAUUUAUGCAUAUAUUAGAACUCGAUUAAAAUAUAAACAAUAUAUUAUAUAUAGAUUUAUUGCUGCCCAAAUUAAUUGUUUAGUAUUAUCUUUAGUAUAUGCAUUAAUUACAAUUGCAUUUCAAGUACCAGUUAAUAUUGCUUUUGGACAUUCUGGAUUUAUGGUAUUAUGGAUGAUUAUGUUUUUAUUUAUUUCUGCUAGUGGAGGUAUUAAUGAAAAUGUUGUAUCAUUAAUUCUUGCCUUUGAUAAAAAAGUUUUAUUAGCUCCAUGGAUGAUUUUUAAUAUUGUUAUAAAUAUUUCAACUACUUUUGCUCCAUUUGUAAUGAUGCCAGGAUUUUUUCAUUAUGGUUAUGGAUUACCAAUGUAUAAUACUUAUGAAGCAUUAAAAAUUGUAUUUUUUAAUACUUGGAAGGGACAUUUAGGUAGAAAUUUAGGAGUUUUAGUAAUAUGGAUAAUAUUAACUAAUAUAUUAUUAAUAUUUAAUGUUAGAUGGUGUGAUAGACGAGCUAAACGUUUAGCUGCUGAAGAAAAGAAGAAGAAAGAAGCCGAUGCUACAGCUUCAUCUACUAGUCCUAUUGGUCUGCAAGAUGUUAAAAAUAGUUCAUCAAGUAGUGAUACAACUCAAUAACCAAAUAACUAAC